AUUAUGUGGCAAAUGAGUCCACCAUGAUUCAAUUCUCUUGAAACUAAACGACGCCGCUUGACAACGGUUACCCAUUGUUACUCCGCCCUAAUUCUAGUGUCGUUCAUUUUUAAAUUCCCUCACUUUCAGAGAGUGCAGAGUUUGCUAAAAUGGGGGUGAAGAAUUUAUGGAAUAUUCUUGAAUCCUGCAAGAAAACACUUCCACUCCACCAUCUUCAGAACAAGAGGCUUUGCAUAGAUCUAUCUUGUUGGAUUGUGCAACUUAAAAGGGUUUAUAAAUGUCACGCUUCUCACUCUCACUACGAAAAGCUCUAUCUCAGCGGUCUCUUUCACCGUCUCAGAGCUCUUAUUGCUUUGAAUUGUACCCUCAUUUUCGUUACUGAUGGUUCAAUUCCUGCCAUCAAAUUAUCCACUUACAGAAAGCGUUUGAACUCGGGGAAUGAGGUGACUGAUGAUGAAAGGCAGGUGACUGAGGAUGAAGCAAACUCAGAUAAAGUGACAUCACUUAAAAGAAAUAUGGGAUCCGAUUUCUCAUGCAUGAUCAGAGAUGCAAAAGCUCUUGGAUUAGCACUUGGAGUUCCUUGCUUAGAUGGGAUUGAGGAAGCUGAAGCACAGUGUGCACUGUUAAAUUUGGAAUCAUUGAUGGAUGUUUCUCAUCAGAUUCUGAUAUCUUUCUUUUUGGUGCAAAGACAGUGUACAGGGACAUUCACCUUGGAAUUAGGGGAAGAAGGCCAUGUUGUUUGUUAUGAAAUGGCUGAUAUAGAGAGAAAACUUGGAUAUGGAAGGAACUCAUUGAUUACCCUAGCCCUUCUUCUUGGAGGUGAUUACUCCAAAGGAGUUCAUGGUCUAGGCCCGGAGGAAGCAUGCCGGAUUGUUAAAUCCAUCGCCGAUAAUGUUGUUCUUGAACGAAUUGCCUCAGAGGGACUUUCCUUGGUAAAAAAGGCCAGAAAUUCAAGGAAUUUAAAUGGAGAGAAUCAGUUUUUGGAAGUGAUUGAUGCAUACACAAAGCCAAAGUGUCACUCAGCAGACUCAGAUGCUGUCUACAGGGUUCUUGUUCAACAUCCAAUUUUGCAUACCAAACUUCACCAAAUAUGUGCACAGUUCUUUGAGUGGCCUUCUGAGAAAACAGAUGAGUAUAUCCUUCCAAAGAUUGCUGAAAGAGAUUUACGGCGAUUUGCCAAUUUGCGCACUUCAUCAGCAGCAGUUGAACUUCCACUACAUAAGAUGCCAGUUAAGUGCCCUGUAACAGGAAUUAUCAAACCUCGUAGAGUACGGGGAACAGAAUGCUUCGAGGUCUCCUGGGAAGAGUCAUAUGGCCUAAAAAGUUCUGUGGUUCCGGCAGAACUGAUAGAGAGCGCUUGUCCUGAAAAGAUCGUGGAGUUUAAAGAGCGAAAAGCUGCCCCAAGAACAAAGAAGUCUAAACCCAGAUCUCGUAUUGAUCAGAAACUCCAGGCUCUGUCGCUUGAUAUUGAAUCAGGAAGCAGUUCCGUUCCCAGUGUUGCCUUUUCUUCAAAAACUGUGAUGCCAGAAAACAUGACUGGUGUUUCAGAAGUCAACUUUACACGGCAUGAUCCAUUCCUUGAUGCAGAGUCAGAAAGCGAUGGUGAUGGCAAUAGCAAUGCUGCAAUGCCUUUGUAUCAAACUGCUCUAGAGUCCGAAAGUAAGGCUGAUGGCAAUGCCCGAAUCCCUUCAAAUCCAGCUGCUCCAACUAAUGCUAAUUAUGAAGUCAUAGAUCUUAUCAGCCCUUCACCAGCUCACUGCCGGAAUGUUUCCAGAAGUCAAAAAAUGAGUAAUCAAGCUAUUAGUGUAAUAGAUCUAAGUGAUUCAGACACUGAAAGAUCACCUGAGCAUGAGAGGAAGGCCAGAGAGCUUAGAUUGUUUCUAGCCAGCAUUCCAGAUUAAAGACUCUGAAAACACUAUCAAGUUUAUGCAUAUUUAAUUAUUGCAUUGAAAUCUGUCAACGGGUAUAAAGAUUACCUGAUUCAGUGUUUAUGAAGUCGGUUAUUAAAUA